CACCGUUCUACCCAAUUCCCACGCGCCGCCACAGUCCGAGACCCCAACUAUUCCGGCCAGUAGUCAUCCAACCGCACGACUCUUUUCCUCUCUACGUUUCUCUCUUCUUCUCCCUCUCUCCGGUGAGUUGCAGCAAGAAAGAGAGGGUAACUUUGCUUUCCAAAGGACCCGAUUACAUCAUUCACCCGAGCCCGAAUCUCCAUUGGAGCUCCGUUGUUUUCUGACAGGAUGAGUCGUUCGAUGAAUGCUUCUUCUCUCAAGCGUAAAAGACCAGAAUCGAGUUCUGCCAAUGGGUCUCUUGUUGAUGCUGAUCGUGCAGUUUUCAAUGUGAUAAAGAGUAAAGAAGAUAUGGGAAUUUGGACUAGGGAUAUAAAAUUUGAGACGAAUCUUGCUGAUACUGUCGUCAAUAAAUCUCUGAAGUCGCUUCUAAGUAAGAAGUUGAUAAAAGAGGUUGUCAACAUCAAGAACAAGGGGAGAAAGCAUUACAUGGCAGCAGAGUUUGAACCGUCAAAGGAAGUUACUGGUGGUGCAUGGUAUGUGGAUGGAAAUCUUGAUAAAGAACUCAUUGGUGUUCUUAAAGGCCUCUGCUUGAAGAUAAUCAAUUCUAAGAAGGUUGCAACUGUUGAAGGAGUUUAUGACUUUUUGAACAAGAGCAAAGUCACCACAUUUGAUUGCACAAAUCAACAAAUUGCGGAGGUUUUGAACUCUAUGGUAUUGGACAAUGAGGUCAUAGAGGUUAAAAGCACUGGCUUGGGAGAAUAUCACUCUAUUCCUAUUGGAACUGUAUGUUACAAGAUUGCAAAAGGAGCUGGUCUUGGAGAGAGUCUCAAGAUUGGGGCAAUGGCUUCGAUUCCAUGUGGUAUGUGUCCACGAAUUAGCCAAUGUACACCUGAUGGAGUUAUUUCUCCUAGAACUUGUGUGUAUUACCAGAAAUGGAUGAAUUUUUAACUUCAAUGCACAUUAGUUGGUGGGUUUGUGGCAAGUAAGUUAUGUACCGUGGGAAAGAUUUUUAGGACAACUGAUGAAAUCAACUGAAUCUGUUCGGCGAUGCUUUGAGCACGACAAGUUGUCUUUUGCUUUCUUUUGGGUAAAUUUUGCUAUGGCUAAGGAUUGAUAUAAAUGAUUGAGCCCUAUAUCGUAGACAAAAGCUAUAUGGAGAUGGUUUACUGAUAUUGGUCCUCUGAAGCCGAUUAUGAUGUUUUGAAGUGGGAGAAUGAGGGGAUGAUUUGUUGCGCUUCAUAAUGGUCAUGGACGCCCAAGAUAAGGCCAAAACAGUAUAGAUUUCGCCUUGAGCAGUUAGUUGUAAGUUUUUUGGACGCUGAUAAUUCUAAUUUUGUUCAUCUGAUACAGACAUCUGAAUGAGCCUUCUUCUAUUUUAGUUUGUCGAAGCUAGGUUAUAGAUAUAAAAUACUUUUUAGUCGUUAUUAGACCCUUCACCACUUUGGGGUGAGAUGUUUUUGCUGAAGAAGAGUAUUAAGUCAAUUUUUCA